AUGGCGUCUUCUGCGCAAUCAGAUCAGGCUGCUUCUUCAGAACCACAGAUUGAUGCUUGGGAGAAAUCAAAAGCGACCUUCCAAUCGAAACGAACAUCCGAAUAUUACGAUCCCUGCCAGGAGUUUGCGAACAGGAGUAUAAAAUGCAUGCACAGGAAUAAAGGAGACAGGGAGAUGUGCCAGGACUACUUUAAAGCCUACCGCGACUGCAAGAAAGAAUGGACUGCGAAACGGAGAGCUGAAUCGGGCUCGUGGUUUGGGUGA